UGGGUGGUUUGAUGUAGGGAUUUAGCUGCAUCUUGGCUCUUUCUGAGGUGGGAAAUCUGCCACUGUCUUUCAGCAACAGUGGUCCCCUUGGUCCUGUUGCUCUCAGGCUGGUGGCUGUCCUGUCCUGGGAGACCAACCUGGCCUGGCGAAUGGGUCCCGUGAUGUCUUGAAGACAUAACCUCGGACCACAUAAACCUGUGUGCUGCCAGGAGCUUCCUCAGUGAAAAUAUAUUGAUCACACAGAGAGCCUUGUCUGGUCCUUCAAGAUUUGAACAUGGAACAACCUUGAGGAGAGAGAGAAUGAUGUUUGGGUGUGCUGGCUCCCAUGUACUGCCUCUCCAUGCCCAGAGCAAAGAGGACAGCUUUCCCCAGACUGUUUGUCCUGUCUGAUGGUGCUGGGUUGUCUCUUAGGGCAUGGACGCUCCGAAGAUGACUGUGGGGAUGAGAGGAGCCGCCACCGGGACAGCCACCUCCUGGCAGGGCGCUUGGAACGGGAUCAGGAGAAGCUGCUCAGAGAAAGCAAGGAGCUGGCAGAUUUUGCCCGGAUCCACCCUUCCAGCUGCGCCACGAACGGUUUGAACUCCAACCUCAUGGUGACGGGAGGCCCAGCCCUGGCGGGCUCCGGGCGCUGGUCUGCAGACCCGGCUUCGCACUUGGCAGCCCACCCCUGGCUCCCCAGGACAGGGAGCCCCUCCAUGUGGCUGGCUGGCCAUCCCUAUGGACUUGGUCACCCUUCCCUGCACCAGGGCAUGACUCCAGGCUUCCCCCCUGCCAUGGGGGGAGCUCUCCCUUCCGCCUACCAGUUUGCCAGAGACCCGCAGUCGGGGCAGCUUGUUGUGAUCCCUAGCGAGCACUUGCCACACUUUGCAGAGCUGAUGGACCGGGCACCCCCACUGUGGCCUGCCAUGUACCCCCCAACCAGGAGCUCCCUCCAGCAUGCUCACCAGCUCCAGCUCCUCUCUCAUCAGCAGCUGCUGCGGCAGCACGAGCUGUACAUCCUGCAGCAGCAAGCGGCCCACGCCAUGGAGCUGCAGAGGAGUGCCCAGCUCGUGGAGAGAUUGAAGGCCAACGAGCAGCGUGUGGAUAUGGAAGAGAAGGUGACGAAGCGGAGCCUGGACAGUGCCAAAUCAGGCCUUUCCUCCUCAGCCCCGGGACUGGUGCAUCGAAAACCACCCGUGCUGUCUCCCAGCGCCUCCACAUCCUACAGCAAGGCUGUGAGUCCACCUCCCCUCUCUCCCAGGGCCUCACCUGUGUCUGUGCUCAAAGCUGAGGUGAUCCAAAAGAUGGAGGAACCACCUUCGCAGCCAGCCUACUCCUACCCCGCCACCCCCAGCUCCCAUCCUUCCAGCCCACCCCCCGCCUCUCCACCCCCUGCCCCUGCCAUCCCUCCAAAGGAAGAGGCACCUGAGACCGUGGACAAGAAAGACUUGGAGCUGGAAAAAGAGGCUGCUGGUCCAUAUCAGGCCUUGUUCCCAGAGAUCCCCCCUGGAUAUCCAUUCCAGUCCCUGCCUCCCUCCUUUGGAAGACAUUAUCCCUACCUCAUCCAGCCUGCCCCAGCAUCUGAUGCAGAUGGCCUGGCUCCUGACGUCCCACUGCCUGCUGAAGGGUCUGAGCACAUGGAGCUUUCCUCAGAGGUCAAGCCCAUCCACCUGUCUCCGUCCAAAAUCCUAGAGCCCAUCCAAGCAGCAGCAGAAGAGGAAUCCUUGGAAGAGAGGGUGAAAUCAGAGGUGCAGAUGGAGGAAAGCCAAGAAGGCAUCUGUGAACAGGACAUGGGGACUCUGAACAUCACCACCUCCACAGCCGUCCCAGUGCAGAACGUGGAAAAUUGCAAUCUCCUGUUACAUCAAGGGGAAACCCUGGAUGCUAUGGAGCAGGACCAGGAAGACCUCCAGAGCUGCUCACCUCCUUACCAGGUUGUGGCCUGUCCUGCAGAAGCAGAGGCUGAGGCAGAGACCAGGAGUGGAGCAGAAACCUGUUCCAUGCACAUGGACUACGAUGGUUUGCUCGUGCAUGCGGAGAACGAGCCACCGGAGAUGGACUUGACGACCCAGCGGGAGGAGGCCUCUGUAGCCAUGGAUCUGCAGAGCGCCGAUGUGCCCCGGGGGAGGGAGUUUCCCAGCCUGCCCCCUGAGGAGGGGGAGCAGGGGCCAGAGAUCCCUUCCUUUACAGAAGAGGCAAUCUCUUGCCAAAUCCCAGAUCUGGACAUCAAGCCGGGUGACCCGCUGGCUGGGAUGAAUGCUUUGGUGGCUGCUACAGAAAUGCCUCAGGCUUGUUCCUUGUUGACUACCACCACUGUCACUCCAUCCCAGAUGAAGGUGGAGGUGUUAACUGACCAGACCCUGGAGCACUCCUUCCUGCAGGGGAUCACUUUACUGAGUGAAAUUGCAGAGAUGGAGCUGGAGAAACGGAAGCAAGAAAUGCAAACAGGUCCAGAGAGUUUUCCUGUCCGGCCAACACUGGAGAGUUUGCUGGCUGCCAGCACCCACAUGCUCAUGGAAGUACUUUCCACCCCCUUUAUGGAAAGUCUGAAAACCAUCCGGCUGCCUCGAGAGCUGAAUCCCAACAAAAAGUACAGCUGGAUGCAGAAGAAAGAUGAACCAAUGUACUCCAUCAAAUCGGCCAUCGAGAACAUGGAUGCGAUGGAGCUGGAUUACAGGAUGAGGCUGGCGGAGCUGCAGCGGCGCUACAAGGAGAAGCAGCGGGAGCUGGUGAAGCUGCAGCGCCGCAGGGACUCCGAGGAAAAGCAUGACGAGAAAAGUAGAAGCUUGGCGAGAAGAGGCCCUGGAAGGCCCAGGAAGAGGAAACUUGGAUCAAGCGCUCUGUCACCCAUUAAGGAGAGAGGGAAGAGUGACAGCAAGAGUGGAAAACUGAGCAAGUCCUUGUUGCUCUCCGAAGACUCUGAGACUGGCGAGGGCAUGAAGAAGAGGCACAAAGGGGCCCUCCCAGAGGAGGACGAGGAUGUGGAGAGCAGCAGUGGCAAGAUGAAAGGGAGGAACCAGAGCUGGGAAGAGCAUGAUGCGGCUCCCAGCUUCUCAAAUGAGUUAAAGAUCAAAAAGAAGAAGGUGCCAUCAGAUCAGGAGCAGCUGGCCAGCAAGCUUGACAAGGCCCUGUCACUCACCAAACAAGACAAGCUCAAAUCCCCCUUCAAGUUUGCUGACAGCUCUGUGGGAAAGACAAAAACUAGUGGAGGUGGCAGUAGGUACCUCCCACCUCACGAGGCUCUGCCAAGCAAGGAGGAGAAGAAGAGCCUGGCCAAGAACCUGGGCCUGUCACUGAAAACCACCAAGGAAGGUAAAAACAAAGUGACUGCCAAAAUGAAGAAGAUGGAGGUGGGGUUAAAAGUCAAAAAUCAGCUCAAGGUUUCCCAUUCACCAGCAAUAUCUGAAGUUAGCAGCUACUCCUAUAAUACGGACUCGGAGGAGGAGGGAUCCCUGAGGGACGAGUGGCCAGCACAGCCCCCGUCCGCGCCCAAGCCGCGGCCGCCCGGUCUGUACAGCACAACGACCAGGAAGGGCGGCCGGGCAGGCGGUGGCCCCAAGGCGGCCCCGCGCAGCACGACGGCUGGGCGGCCGCUGAAGCCAAAGGCGGCGGCGGGGCGGAAGCAGCCCUUCUGCCUGCUGCUGCGGGAGGCCGAGGCGGGAUCUUCCUUCAGCGACUCCUCGGAGGACUCGUUCGAUCAAGAUUCGAGCUCGGAGGAGGAGGAGGACGACGACGAGGAGGAAGAGGAGGAGGCAGAGGACUAUGGCACGGAUGGCACAGACAGGCUGUCGUCACCUGCCCUCGAUGAGAGUGGCCUGGGCCUUCUGGCCAGGUUUGCUGCCAGCGCCAUGCCCAGCCCCAUCGUGCCCCCUCCGCUUUCCAUCAUCCAGCUGGAGGCCAAGCAGAAGGCGAAGAAGAAGGAGGAGCGGCAGAGCCUGAUGGGGACAGAAUUUGAGUACACUGACUCAGAGAGUGAGAUCAAGAUCAGGAAGAAGUCACCUUCGGGGCUGCUGCGGGGAAAGAAGGGGCCACUGGACUCAAGCAGCAUCCCACCAAGCCAGGCCCCCAGCAACCUCGACUCUGGAUCUGGGAGCGCUGACAAGGCCAAGCUUGGGUCUGAGAAAGGCCGCAAGCUGAAGAAAUUCAAAUCCCCCAAGGACUUGAGCUUUGAGUUUGGGCUGGAGGCCAGCGAUGAUGACCUGUGGAACCGGCGCCGGAGCGAGCGGAUCUUCCUCCACGACGCCACCACGUCCUCGGCCUUGCUGACGUCUGCGGCCCCUGCCAGCUCCACCCCUGUCUCCAAGACUGGGCGCUGUGGCAAGGGGGCACCCAUGAGCCCCAAAAAGGAGGGCAGCAAGGGGAAGGAGAGAAAGGAACUAAGCAAGCAACGGAAGAAGGGGAAAGAAACACCCUGCUGCUCCUCUUCCUCAUCCAUGUCUCCUCCUGGCAUCCCUAGCUCCCCAUCUGAUGUUCGUGUCAGCCUGGCAAGUGCCCUGGGCUCCACCAAGAAGAGCAAAGCCAAGGUGAAAGCCAAGGAAGUGAAAAAAGAGAACCGAGGGAAAGGAGGAGCUGUCAGCAAGCUCAUGGAGAGCAUGGCAGCAGAGGAGGAUUUUGAACCCAACCAAGACAGCAGCUUCUCAGAGGAUGAGAACAUCCCACUGAGCAUGUUGGUCGAGCGACCACCCACACCAGCUCCUCGAUCCUGCAUCAUUGACAAGGAUGAGCUGAAAGAUGGUCUGCGUGUCCUCAUCCCCAUGGAUGACAAGCUACUCUAUGCUGGGCAUGUCAAGACGGUACAUUCACCAGACAUAUACCGUGUGGUGGUGGAAGGCGAGAGGGGAAACCGUCCCCACAUUUACUGCCUGGAGCAGCUCUUACAGGAAGCGAUCAUCGAUGUGAAACCCCCUUCAGUGCGGUUCCUGCCCGAGGGCACGAGGAUUGCAGCCUACUGGAGCCAGCAGUACCGCUGCCUCUACCCAGGGACAGUUGUCCGAGGAACCCUGGAUCUGGAGGAAGAUGGUGAUCUCAUCACAGUAGAGUUUGAUGACGGGGACACGGGACGCAUCCCACUGUCUCACAUUCGGCUUCUCCCACCUGACUACAAGAUCCAGUGUGCUGAGCCUUCCCCUGCCCUUUUGGUGCCCAGCACCAAGCGCCGUAGCCGUAAAUCCAGCAAAGACACUGGAGAAGGAAAAGAAGGAACUGCACUGGGGUCAGAGGAGCCUGUGUCAAAGGGCAAAGGGCGAGGGAGAAAGCCAAGCGUCAAGGCAAAAGCUGAAGAGGCUGCCUUGCCUGAAGAGAAGGAUCAGGGUGAGUCCUCACCUGUUACCUCCUCAGUCCCAGAGAAGCCAACCUGCUUGGGCAAGCCAAGCAUGAAGGGGUCAAGAAAAUCGCAACCGCUGCCGACCGGAGGCUCUCCUGCUCCCACGGAGGAAAAGCGGUCAAAAGCCAGCAAAAUGAAGAUCUCCACUAAGCUGCACAGCCCCCCCCAGCCCACUUACCAGCCUGCUGUGUUCGGCAGCAUCCUUGGCACAGAACCCUACAGUGACCUCCCGGGAACACUGGCAGCCUACGGCUCCAGUGAGGCUUCAGGGUCAAAAGCCAAGGCCAAGAAAGGGCGACCCACAGAAGAGACACAGGAGUUUGGCACCGUGGUCAAGGCUCAGAGGAAGCAUGACAGCGAAAUCCUGAUCAAGCUGGACCAUGAGGGCGUGAUGUCUCCAAAGACAAAGAAGAUGAAGGAGGCGAUGAGGAUGCUGGAGGACUCAAACCUGGCCAGCCGCAGAGAUGGGAAGGGUCUCCUGGGGCUGGGCUAUUCCACUGCAGUGAGUGUGGAGGGCAAGCAGAAAUCUUCCCGAGCCAAAGUGGCUGAGGGAGACCCUUCUCCUGCCAGCUUUGGAGGAAAGUUUGAUGGCUCAGUGGAGAGCCUCACUGCCUCCAAGGACCAGGAAGAAAAGGCAGCAGCUCCAGCAGCAGUGGAAGAGUCUGAGAGCAACAGCAGCGACAGCAGCUCAGAGUCAGAGGGAGAAGAGGAGGCUGACAAGAACCGAGGGGAAGCCCAGGACAGCAGUUCAGCCAGCUCAAGAGCAUCUACCCCUCUGUCUUCCUCCAAUUCCUCCUCCUCUUCCUCUUCUAGCAGCAGCUCCUCUUCAUCUUCCUCUUCCUCCUCUUCCUCCACCUCAUCGACCUCUUCUUCAUCGAGUUCCAGCUCUUCCUCCUCCUCCACUACGGACGAAGAUUCCUCCUGCAGCUCUGACGACGAAGUAGCCGAGGCCCAGCCGAGUUCCUCGGUGCAACAAACCCUCCCGCCCAAGCAAACCAAGCAGGCGGGGAAAUCCCGCGCGUCCUCCCACCCGCAGAGCCAGAAGCAGCCGGCGCAGCAGCCGGUGCCGCAGCCGGCGCCGCCGCAGAGCGGCAACAAGAGCAGGCCCAAGAAGCGUGAGGGCAUCCACCUGCCCACCACCAAGGAGCUGGCCAAGCGCCAGCGCCUGCCGUCCGUGGAGAACAGGCCCAAGAUCGCUGCUUUCCUCCCUGCACGGCAGCUGUGGAAGUGGUUCGGGAAACCCACGCAGAGACGUGGAAUGAAAGGGAAGGCCAGGAAGCUGUUCUACAAGGCCAUCGUCCGGGGCAAGGAGAUAAUCCGCAUCGGAGACUGUGCGGUUUUCCUCUCCGCCGGCCGCCCCAACCUGCCCUACAUUGGCCGGAUCCAGAGCAUGUGGGAGUCCUGGGGGAACAACAUGGUGGUCCGGGUCAAAUGGUUCUAUCACCCAGAAGAAACCAACCCUGGGAAGAAACUCAACGAAGGCAAGCGCUGGGAUCAGAAAUCAGGCAGGAGUCUGUCCACAGCUUUGCAGGCAUCCAACCAGAGGAAGGACUUUAUGGAGCGAGCCCUCUACCAGUCCUCUCACGUGGAUGAGAACGAUGUCCAGACCAUCUCACACAAGUGUCUUGUUGUUGGUCUGGAUCAGUACGAGCAGAUGCUAAAGACGAAGAAAUACCAGGACAGUGAGGACCUCUACUACCUUGCAGGGACCUACGAGCCCACCACGGGCAUGAUCUUCAACACCGACGGGGUCCCUGUCAUCUGCUGACUGCCCAGGGGACACGUGCCACCCCCUGGGAGGGACGGGACAAACCUGAGGACGUGCCUGUUCAGACGACAUGAUUGUUUCUUUCAAUGCUCAUUUCUGUGUCACACUACAGACAGGAGAGCGCGAGAGACGCGAGGAGGAAGGAGAGGGCUGAAGAAAGGGGUUGGGGAAGCAGUUACAGGACUCGGGGAAGAUGCCCUUGGGUGUGGUGGUGGUGCUUGAACGCCCAAGGCUCUUCUGGAAGUGGCUUUAAGUAAGGUGACACUUGACCAACUUCUCCCUUCCUCCUUUUGGUCCAGGAAAGCACAUGGGUCUCGUGAUCAUUUCACCAGCGGGACCCCCCGGCAGGAGGGAUCCCUUUUGUGUCAUUUGCCCCCGUCAGUAGCUCGGAAGCCACCCGUGCGUGGAAGGACACCCACUCACCUUCCACGUGCGCUCCUCUCCGUCCUUAUAUUCCCUUUCCUGCUUAGUUUCGCAUGACCCUUUAGGAAGGACAGGGUGAAAGAGAAAGGAGAUGAGUCUCUCUCAGCGCCUCGUCUCGAUCCUCUCAGCGCCUUUUUGCAGUUCCCUUUCCCUGGAGGCCCCUCUGGCAGCAUGGAACACAGUGGGGUGGGGCUGGUCCCAGCAGAAGAGAUCACCGGGAUAGGAGGAGCCAGGUGGAAGAGGAGCCAACACCCAGUCUGGGAUGCUACCUUCCCACUGCCUCAAACAAACAGUCUGAACUCUCUUUUCAUCGCUCUCUGUUCCUCCUGCCCUGGAAAGGUGCUGGGGGGAGCAAGCUUGUGGUGAGGGGGGUGACACUUGGCAAACAAAGAACUUGGAGUGUGCAGUGAAGGGGCGGGAAAUGACUGGGAAAAACUGCUGCUGCUCGGUGCUUGGAGGAGAGGAGACCACAGGCCAUUGGAUUCCGGCAUCCCUCACCCACCUUUAGCCUCCAUGCCUUGCCUGAUCAGAGAUGUGGAGCUGCUGGGAAGCCUUUACCCAUCCUUUGAAGGGAAUGGGGAUGAUGUAUGAACCCGGCUGUGCCUGCCUGCAGCAUUCCCACAGCCAGAGCCCUGCUGCCACCUUGGGCUCAGGGAGGGGACCGCCCAGCUUGCUCCAUCCAGCGGGCCUGACUCCCCACGGGGAUGCUCACCCACUGUCUCGCUCCCACUGGGCACAUGCCGGACCUGUGGCACCACCACCGCUGCUCCAGGGUUUUACACCUGCCCAGAGGGGACACUGGAGGAGAACCGGAGGAGAACGAUGCACCAUCCUUGCACUUAAAACAAAACUCCAAGAGACGCACUGAUCUUUGCAACUACCGACUCGCACUACAGAUCGCUGGGACGCGGAGCGGGGCCCGGCUCGGCCCAGGCUCCGGUGGGGAGACGCUUAAACCAAGGACAGACUGGAAACUCUCCGCCCUGGUACCAGCUGUGUACCAGAGACUGGAGGCCAGGGCUCAGGGGAGAGGGACACCCCUGCAGAGUUACCCCUCGUCCUUUAAACAAACCACAUGGUGCUGAGCUUGUACCAUCUCCACCCCGGGCCACCGGCGCCUCGGCACGGCGGACAGUGAACGGUUCUAGCCUGUACAGUUUUAAUGUACCAAAAGACUCUUUAGCCCUCCUGUAUUAUAAGUCUUUAAAUGGAUUCAACUUUUUAAUUAUAAAUAUAAAUAUAAAUAUAUAUAUAUAAAUAUAAACUUUUUAAAACUGUGAAAAAAAUUAUGAAAUUAUAAAAAAGGAAAAAAAAGAAAAAAACCCACAACGGCAGAAAUGAACACAGUCUGACGUUUAGAAUAUUAUUUUUUAUUUCCUGUUGGAUUGUGAUUGUAAAUGAUCUGGGAACAGGCACACCCCCCCACGCUCAAAGUGUACUGUACUUCUAGAAGCAAAUUGUGUGAGCAUAUUUUAAAGAGCGAGAGAGAGCGCGCGAGAGAGAUUUUAUGCUAAUGUUAAAUAGAAAGCACUUAAAACCCACUGCCUUCUAUGGAACACAAGGAUAUUUCAGACAAUCGAGAGGAAAGGAGAGCCAGGUUUUUGUCUUUUUUGUUUUGUUUUGUUUAUGUUUUGUUUAAAACAAUUUUUUUGGCAUUCUGUUUGUUGGAGAACUCCGUGUGAUCUUUUUUCAUAAAAAAAAAAAAAAUUAAUUGAAAAAAA